AUGGGCGUCGCUAAAACUUCGUAGAAGACGACGUCGCUGACGAAGACGCAGAAGAAUCUGUGCUUCACUGUCAUUCCAAUUCCCAGUUUUGAAUGCGAUGGAGUGCGCGUCCUCCUCAGACGCCGUGGUGACUGUGGUGGGUCCCGGGGAGUCCAGCGAUAGCAGCAGGACACCCGGGGACCCUUCCGCGGAGCCACAGCACGGAGAACCGCUUCGGGAGGAGACGCAACUCGAGAACUCGACCUCCGUCAUCUGCAUCGUCAUGACCCUCGUAGUAAUGUUCAGCUUGGUGGUGGUGCUGCAGACGCGAAUAACGGACAGCACUUCACUCCAGGACCUGGUGCUCUGGACGCCGAAAAAACGGAGCACAGGCAAUAAGAUGGAAGUGAACGAAGCUGAACAUGACGGGGAAGAGGCCAACGUGACCGGCGAUGCUCCUGUUCGCCUGCCCGUCAGAUUGUUGGACCCACCGGAGGACCUGGACGACAGCCAGCAGGAGGAUACCAACGAUGCUGUGGUUACGUUCGAGCCGGUCCUUGAGGAAGAACCCCUCCCCAACCCGAGGUGCUUCUGCAUGAUCCACGGCAGUCAACAAGGAAAUACCCCAGCCCGCUCUUGCAACGGGACCACCCUCGAUCCCAGCGCCCUGCCAACGCAUUUUUGCACCGACGUUGCCUACUGCUGCUUCGGAUUCAACAGCGACUACAACAUUACAUCCUCGAACAUCACGAUGGACCACAUCAAGUCACUGCCGCACAGAACAGACGUCACUCGUUUCUGGCUUGUCGUCGGAGACGGACACCGAGACAGUGAGCAGUUCUCGGCAGCGUCACGUGACGUCAAGCUCGGACUCAUGUUUGCCAUGAACGUGCUCAGCUGGCUCAAGGUGUACGACUUCCACGGCGUGUUGCUUCAUUGGACCUACCCGACCGUACAAGAAUCACAGCUGCACAUCAAGCUGCUGAAAGCCAUGAAAGAACUCUACAAGAUGACGGGAAAGCUCGUGGGCGUCGUCGUGCCUUUCGAUCUGCAGCUGAGGGAACGGUUCGAUAUGCUUGCGCUUGUACGGGUGUUGACGCCAUACACCAUCCUGGUCACCCCUCCGAUGACGUGGACUUCGCAGCCGUCUUUUUCCACAACGUUUACAUCAUACCGUAAGAACCACGCUUUCCACGAGUACCCGCGGAUUCUUUGGGAAACGAGGGACAACGUCGCCAAACGAGACGGGAGACAUCACCUGUGCUAUAUGCUGUCCUUGACCGGGUGGUCCUUCACUCUGCCGAAGGCGUCAAAUAGUACAAGAGUAGGUGAAACAGCUGUGGGCCCAGGAGACGCGUACCCGGGAACGAACAUCGUGGGACGCGUAGCACUCGACGACGUCUGUAACGCGACCUUCGACGUGUUCGACGAUACCUCUUACUCCGUUGUCGCAAUCGACGACAAGCAAAUGGUAUCGUAUUCCAACCCGAAGACGUUAGCACGACUAGUGAGCAAACUCGCGAACCUGACGAAGGACGGCGGGUGCUUUGGCGUUUGGAACUUGGAUUGGGAUGACUUCUGCGGACAGUGCGGGCUUGGGAACUUUCCGUUGGCGGAAACCGUCUACAAGGUUGCACUAGGCACCGAAUAAUAAUUCCUAAUAGAAA